AUGGGUUCGGGUCGCUCUUCGAAGAAAGCAGGGAAGGUGCCGGCCCCGCUCUCCACCAGCACCUCCAGAAAUACGAACGCAAGACACGAAUCCUUCGGCUCUACCUCUUCGGGCUCGACCUUUGAUUGGGCCAUGGAAAGAAGCAACACGGCAGAUAGUUGGAACAGUUCAACGGCCUUCAUCCGCCACGACUCGUCCUCGGCUAAAGCCGUUAAGCCGGUCUCACCAACCGCAAACGUCUACACUCAUUGCGGCCGCCACUCUGACCAGUGGUUGUUCGGUGGCACCUCGAUGUCGAGCAUGAUCAAGUCUGCCUGGAAGAAGGAAUAG